GUAGGGGCAGGGCAGGGCUGCAUGUCAACCUUGGUUAAACCUUAGGGCUCAGUGAUACACAACCCCCCACACACACACCCCAAGAAGUCAGUUAUCUUAGACCCUUCCCCAAAACACACAACUCGUCCCACGGGAAAUCAGUGGCCGUGGCUUUGAGGACAGGCAGUAUAUUGGGUAAGAACACGAACUCCAGAGCCCAAGACCCUGGGUUCAAAUUCAGACUGUGACCAUGGAAAGGAAAUUUUGCCUCUUGAAGCUUCACUUUCUUUAAUUUGAAAAAUAGAGAUUAAAAACAGUCUGAAAAAACUGAGUCCCUACUUCCUAAGGCUGAUAGUAGGACUCAAACAUGAUGAUGAAUGAAAGUGGCCUUGACACAGUGCCUGGAAGUCCGAAAAGGUUCAGUACUUAUUAGCCUUGACUCUGGGGAGGACCAGAUGCCCUGAUAAUGUUUAACUGGUGCUUGGGCCCUCACAACAGCACUGUGAGGGAAGCAGGUCAGUCGUAAAACCAGCUCAGGGGGAAAUUGAGGUAUAGGCAGUAGCCAGGAGUACAGUCCUGAGCCCUUGAUCGCUGGGAGUGGGGGAGGGGUGGGGCUUUGGGGGAUGACUUCCCUGGUGGGGACUCUGGGAGCCAGGCUGGGCCCAGUUUAUGCAGCACUGAGCCUGGAAAACUCAUAAUCCAUGGCCCCCUUAAGUCAAUCUUCCAGCCUCUCUUAACUUCUGAAAACUUAAAUUAAAACUAACUAAAAACAAAUAAAAGCCAUGGCAGCUUUAGAAUAGGCUCUUUCAGAACUGAAAACCAAUCCUAUCCCCCAUCAGCUCUGCUUCCCCUUCCUUUCCUCCUUAGCUAGGCCAUGGUGCAGAGGCACAAACAGGGGCUUUGGAGUUACGCACACUACUUAUUAACUGUGACCUUGAAUAAGUCACUUGGUCUCUCAAGUCUGUUUUUCCCAUAAGAAAAAUGAAAACAAUGUCUCAACUUUUUCUCAUAAAAAAAAAAGGAACAAUAAUGCUCACUUCACAGGGACAAGAAUUAAAUAAGAUCAAGAAUGUACACUGCCAAGCAGUUAAUCAGCAUAUCCUAACAGCUCAAUAAAUGUUCCCCUUCCCUCCAGGAAGCACUUAGCACUCCUUUGCUGUCAACAGAUAAUUGCAGCAGACAGGCCUGCAGACAGUCCUAUCCCAGGGCUAUAGAAGCCCCUAAACUCCCCGGGGACUUCCUUUUUGUGACAGCCUAGCCUCUUAAGUUGGGGGUCACGGCUGACCUGGGAGGGAGCUAUGACCGCAGCACCUUGGUGGCCAUCGUGGUGGGUGUGGGGCGUCUCAUCACUGGCAUGGACCGAGGCCUCAUGGGCAUGUGUGUCAACGAGCGGAGACGCCUCAUUGUGCCGCCCCACCUGGGCUAUGGCAGCAUCGGUGUGGCGGGGCUAAUUCCCCCGGAUGCCACCCUCUACUUCGACGUGGUCCUGCUGGAUGUGUGGAACAAGGCAGACACAGUGCAGGUGAGCACCUUGCUGCGCCCGCCCCACUGCCCCCGCAUGGUCCAGGACAGCGACUUUGUCCGUUACCACUACAAUGGCACACUGCUAGAUGGCACCGCCUUCGAUACCAGCUACAGUAAGGGCGGCACUUAUGACACCUACGUGGGCUCUGGCUGGCUGAUCAAGGGCAUGGACCAGGGGCUGCUGGGCAUGUGUCCUGGAGAGAGAAGGAAGAUCAUCAUCCCUCCAUUCCUGGCCUAUGGCGAGAAAGGCUAUGGGACUGUGAUCCCCCCGCAGGCCUCCCUGGUCUUCCAUGUCCUACUAAUCGACGUCCACAACCCGAAGGACACUGUCCAGCUGGAGACGCUGGAGCUACCACCUGGCUGUGUCCGGAGAGCCGUGGCCGGGGAUUUCAUGCGUUACCACUACAAUGGCUCACUUAUGGAUGGCACCCUCUUCGAUUCCAGCUACUCCCGCAACCACACGUACAAUACCUAUGUGGGACAGGGUUACAUCAUCCCAGGGAUGGACCAGGGGCUGCAGGGCUCCUGCAUGGGGGAGCGCCGGAGAAUCACCAUCCCCCCCCACCUCGCCUAUGGGGAGAAUGGGACUGGAGACAAGAUCCCUGGCUCAGCUGUGCUGAUAUUUGACGUCCACAUCAUCGACUUCCACAACCCUGCGGAUCCAGUGGAAAUCAAGACACUGUCUCGGCCCCCUGAGACCUGCAACGAGACCACCAAGCCUGGGGACUUUGUCCGCUACCACUACAACUGCUCUCUGCUGGAUGGCACCAGGCUCUUCUCCUCGCAUGACUACGGGGCCCCCCAGGAGGCAACCCUGGGGGCCAACAAGGUGAUCGAAGGCCUGGACACAGGCCUGCAGGGCAUGUGUGUGGGAGAGAGGCGGCAGCUCGUGGUCCCCCCGCACCUGGCACAUGGAGAGAGUGGGGCCCGAGGGGUUCCUGGCAGUGCUGUGCUGCUGUUUGAGGUGGAGCUGGUAUCCCGGGAGGAGGGGCUGCCAGAAGGCUACCUGUUUGUGUGGCACCAGGACCCUCCCGCCAACCUGUUUGAAGACCUGGACCUCAACAAAGAUGGCGAGGUCCCCCCAGAGGAGUUCUCCACCUUCAUCAAGGCUCAAGUCAGUGAGGGCAAAGGACGCCUCAUGCCAGGGCAGGACUCAGAGAAAACCAUAGGGGACAUGUUCCAGAACCAGGACCGCAACCAGGAUGGCAAAAUCACCAUCGAGGAGCUCAAGCUGAAGUCUGACGAGGACCAGGAGCGGGUUCAUGAGGAGCUCUGAGAGCACAGCUUGGGCCUGGGCCCAACACCAACGCCCACUUCUGGGGGACAGUGGGCACUGGGGUUGACUUCCAACAGUCACCCACCCCUCUGCUGGGAUGAGGUCUGAGCGCAUCUAAAAAGUGGUCAGAGGAGAUAACUCUGGUCUUCUCACCAACCCAAGUGUAAAAUCCACAGCACAGACCUCUACUUGGUUUUUCUCUUCCAACCCCACACUGCUUCCAUACAAGUUUGGGAGUUACAAAGGCAAUCAGGGGAUUGAUGGAGUCUGGGGUUGGAUGGGGCCAUUGCUGGCCCCUCACCCACGCCUCCACAUCACUGCUGAGCAUGGCCAAGCUCAUCAUUUCUUUAUUUCCCCAAACUUCCCUGUUUGUACUUUUCCUCACCAUCCCCAAUCUUGCCCCACUUCCUAAUGUCAGCUCCUAGGACCAUGGGCCAGGGCUGGAAGAACCCCUCCUUCCUCCCACAGCUCUGGCUGGCUCCAAAGAAAGGGGGCAGCUCCAGGAGAGCAGUCCUACCACACCUAUACCCCACUCACCCGUCCUGUGCCCCCUUGCUGCUGGGGUACCCUCAGGGAACUGCAGGUCAGGGCUGGGUUUUGUGUCACCUUUCAUCCCUAAAGAAGGCUGCCUUUUCUAAGGGACUGGGGAGGAAGAAAGUAAAAGGGCAGGGGUGAGGAAACCUACUUAGAUGGGUCAUAGAGCUAUGAAAUGAAAUCCUUGGUUUGGAGCUGAGAUAAACUUGGAAGGGCUCACUGGGGACUGAGGGGUGAAGGGAGUGGGCAGAGCUCUGCACACUCAAGGCUACACUAGUGUCAGAUCUCUUUCUCCUUUGUGACAAAUAAAAGACUAAACCAGA